AUGAAAAAUGCUGGUGACGUACGGAGGCGACAAAAUUCAUUUUUCGGAAUAGAAAAAAUAUGUAUGAUAGCCCAGGUGUUGGGCCAAUGUCCCGACGGUUUUAUUAAUCAAGAUCUGCGCCGAACUGGCCUCCAAAGAAAAAAAGUGCACUACAAAGUAAAGCCGGGUUUCCAACAAGCUGCUGAUUGGGGACGGAGAAAUUUUAAAAAUGAGAGGGACGUUGAUUUCAAAAUGGCGGGAUCCAAAAAGAUCUUAAGAUCGACCUCAUAUUCAAGGGUGCAAUUGAGGUCACGCGUUAAAAUCAUGGCUUCACCAACAUGUCCUAAUCGCCGGAUUCGAAAUUUGUGGUGGAGUUCUGAGACU